AAGCCUUAUUUGUAAAAUGACACUAACCAAAGUUUUUACUCGAAAAAAAAGAGCGUCUUUCUAUCUCAAAACGGCGUCGACCGCCGGCGACUAAGUCUCCGGCCAGUACAAUACCAUGACUUCUACCGCAACCACCACUCUCUUCAUCUAUUCCCAAUUCCAAUCAAAAUUCCCCAAACCACUUCUUCUUCCACCAAUUCAUAUCUGCAACAAACCCCUAUCACUUUCACUUCACUCAUCCAAAUUUCGUUCCACUCAUUUAUCACUCUGCACUUGUUCUCGCACCCCAUUCACACCCUCAACAAUUUUCUCACCUCAAACAACUUUUUCCAACUUCAUUUCACAAAAGAUAGCAUUUUUUCUUAUUGGGUCGUUUAUUUUCAUGGGUUGUUGUUUCAACCGAAGAAUCGCUUUUGCAGUUUCAGUACCUUCUGUUGAUUCUGCUGAAAUUUUGAAAGAGAAGGAGAAGAAAACUGUAGAAGGGAAAAGCAAUGAGGAUGAAAUGAAUGAGAGAGUUUUGGAGAAUGAUCCAAGAAAUGUUGAGGCUGUUAAAGUGGUUGUGUAUGGGAAACUUAGGAGAGGGAAAUGUAAGGAAGCUGAGAAAUUUAUGAAGAAGUUGAUUGAUUUGGAACCAAAUGAAGUUGAGUGGAGGCUUUUGCUUGCAUUGUGUUAUGAAACAAUGGGGUAUUUGAGUAAAGCUAAAAGAGUGUAUUCAGAAAUCUUGGAGACUAGGCCUCUUCUUGUUAGAGCUUUGCAUGGUCUGGCUACGGUGAUGAACAAAAACAACGAGGGUCCUGCUGCUGUGUUUGAAAUGCUGAACAAGGCUCUAGAGUUAGCUAUUAAUGAAAACAAAGUUACAGAGGAAAGAAAUAUAAGAAUCUUAACUGCACAAAUGCUUGUUGUACAGGGUAACUUGGAGGAGGGCCUAAAAAGAUGUCAAGAUUUGAUCGAUCAAAAUCCCCGCGAUUUUAGACCUUAUCUUUGCCAGGGAAUAAUAUACAGUCUUCUGGAUAAAAAGGAGGAAGCUGCACAGCAGUUUGAAACAUAUGAAGCUCUUGUGCCUAAAGAGUUUCCACAAAGGGGAUUUCUUGAUGAUAUCACCUUAGCAGCAAAAGGAACAUCCCGAGUACAGUUUCAGAGGGAACUCGGAAAUCAAUUUUCUGACCAAAAAAUAGGAAAAUAAUUAGUAAUGCAAUGCAGUAGCUCACUCUUGUAAAAGCAAAAGGUUAGACUACUUUAAUGAUAUAAUAGAAUGUGUAACAUGAUUUUGUUUUUUCAGCCCUUGUAGUGCAUUUCAAAUUUUCAAAUAUGAUAAUUUAUCUUGGCACAACCUUUUGAAUCA